GAGAGAGAGAGAGAGAGAGAGAGAGAGAGAGAGAGAGAGAGAGAGAGAGAGAGAGAGAGAGAGAGAGAGAGAGAGUACUUAUGGAUGACGGGUGGACAACGUCGAAUAGCAAUAAACAUACCUGGUUGAGCGGGUAAUUCAGUAAUCUUUUGGGAAUGAGGGACAUUAAAGGCGAACUUUACGGACUAUCACAAAGGUGAAGUAGGUUGUCGAAUGAGGUCCAAUCCAAUAUCUCUCAAUAUGCAGUAUGCGAUGUGCCGGUCCAGAAGUAAGAAGAGGGGACUUUAGUCGACACGGCAUAGCGCACGUUUGAUAUGCCUCUGUCUCGAACGCGGGUGAUGCCGACAUUCUGUUAGGCGAGUAUUUUUUCAAGUUGGAUGCAAUGUCUCGCAUGGUAUCACUUCAUGUACGUCGGUAUUUUGGCAUUGCAGUCUAACAAGAAUCCGUAUAUUGAGACGAGAAACCUUUCGGAUAUUCGUGCUCCAUUUCGAGUAAUUGAAAUGAACUUUUUCCUGAUGUACUUUUCGUUACGUAGCUUGUGCCUUGUGCGGAAGUUGUGCCGUUGUGCCUUGUGCGGAAGUUGUGCCGUUGUGCCUUGUGCGGAAGUUGUGCCAUCACCUGUUCGAAUACACCUUUACCACAUUCAUUGUCAUUCAAAGCCGGAAUUUGUCUCCAGCUGGGAAUGUGGGUAGAUGUGCUUGGGACAGGCAAUAGAGAGAAGUGUAUUUACGAGAUGCAAACUAACGUACCACGUUUACACUAAUCGAAACGCAAAAACGUGAAGAACUUAACCCAGACAACGUAGAAGUAGAACUGCAGCUGUCUGGAUAACGUACACUUCUCUUUCGAGGAUGGAAUUAAGUCUAUGCCGAAGGGUAUGCCAAGGUCCAAUGCUGAAUGAGACUUCUUCCUCUUGCUUUUUCUUCCCAAGUGAAAACCUGUGAUUGCAUUAACGG